GCUGGGCCUGUGUAGGAGAGAGUGUGUGCGCAGCACAGAGGACACCGGGAACACAAAGGGCAACACUGGACAGCCGCCUCCCGCACCACGAUGGCUCUUCCUGCAGGCAGGCGUGCGUAGCGGCCGGAGAUGGCACCAGACAUGUGGCUCUUCUUUGGAAUCGCUGGAUUGCUGGCAGCAGCUCUCUCAGGCCUCCCAUCUUCAUUCCCCUCUGGCCAGCACAGAAAUGGCAGCACCACAAAUGUGCCCUUGGACUCAGAGGAGCAGAUGGGGGUUCGGCUAGUGAAUGGGACCAGUCGCUGCAGCGGAUCUGUGGAGGUUCUACUGCGGGCAUCCUGGGAGCCUGCAUACGUGGUACAUCGGGACAGACUCACCACCCAGGCUGUGUGUGAAGCACUGGGCUGUGGCGCUUUGGAGAAGGCUACCUACCUGAUGCCUCCCACCUCGGAGCUGCUACCCAGGGCCACCUCUGGGAACACCAGCAGUGCUGGGAAUACGACAUGGGCGCGGGCACCAACCGUGCGAUGCAACGGAGCCCACUGGCAGCUCUGCAAGAUAGAGGACUAUGAGUACAUCAGCGACAGGAGGCUGGUGUGGGUCAUCUGUGCAGAGAACCAGGCUGUGAGAUUAGUGGACGGUGGCAGCCGCUGCGCUGGCCGCGUGGAGAUGCUGGAGCACGGUGAAUGGGGAACAGUGUGCGAUGACACAUGGGACCUGAAAGACUCAAACGUGGUGUGCAAGCAACUGAGGUGCGGCUGGGCAGUGCAGGCUCUGGGAGGCUUGCACUUCACCCAGGGCCGAGGUCCCAUCCACCGAGACCAGGUGAACUGCACCGGGAACGAGACCUACCUGUGGGACUGCCUGGGGCUGCCUGGAGAGCGGUACUGUGGUCACAAGGAGGACGCAGGAGUGGUGUGCUCAGAGCACCAGUCCUGGCGCCUGACUGGAGGCAUUGACUCCUGCGAAGGGCAGGUGGAGGUAUAUUUCCGAGGGGUCUGGAGCACCGUGUGUGACAGCGAGUGGUAUGAUUCUGAGGCCAAAGUGCUCUGUCGGUCCUUGGGUUGCGGAUCGGAGGUGGAUUGGCCCAGGGGGCUGCCACAUACUCUGGCAGGUAGAAUGUACUACUCCUGUGAGGGAGACGAAUUCACCCUCAGCAACUGCUCCUGGAGGUUCAACAACUCUAACUUGUGCAGCCAAUCGCUGGCAGCCAGAGUCGUCUGCUCAGGCUCCCGGAGACAUCAGAACCUGUCCACUUCUGAAGUGCCUUCCAGAGUGCCGGUCACGAUAGAAUCUUCUGUGACACUGAAUGUGAAGGACAAGGAGUCUCGAGAGCUGGCACUCCUCGUUUCCUGUAUUGUCCUGGGAAGUCUCUUUCUUGUCUCCCUCAUCUUCAUAGUGGUUCUUCUCUUGAAAGCCAAAGGACGAUACGCCCUCCCUGUUUCAGCGAACCACCAGCACCUGCCCACUGCCAUCCAAGCAGGAGUCAAUAACUAUCAUGCUGUCCCCAUCACCAUUCCCAAAGAAGCUCCUACGCUGUUCAUCCAGUCCCGGGUCCCUGAGGACUCGGACUCCAGUUCCGACUCCGACUAUGAGCAUUAUGACUUCAGCUCCCAACCGCCUGUGGCCCUGACCACCUUCUACAAUUCCCAGAGGCAUCGGGUCACAGAGGAGGAGGCCCAGCAGAACAGGUUUCGGAUGCCACCCUUGGAGGAAGGUAUUGAAGAGUUGCAUGUUUCCCACAUCCCAGCUGCUGUCCCCAUACCCUGUGUGGCGGAUGUUCCCUCUCUGGGCUCUCAGUACCACAUGAGGAGCAACAGUGGGUCCAGCACCUCCUCUGGGGCGGACUACUGCAACAGUCCCAGCAGCAAGCCACCCCCAUGGAACUCUCAAGUGUUUUCUUCUGAGAGGAGUCCCCCCAUAGAGCAGCCCCCCAACUUGGAACUGGCUGGCUCUCAGGCAAUGUUUUCAGAGACAGCAGAUGGUGACACUUCCAGCACCUCCUCUGGAGAGUGGUACCAGAACUUCCAGGCACCACCCCACCACCCUCCAGCAGAGCAAUUUGAAUGUCCAGGACCCCCUGAGCCCCAACCAGACUCCACCGAUGAGGAGGAGGACUAUGAUGACAUUGGACCAGCCUAGCCUGGGUGCCUGAGGCUUAUGGGUGGCCCCUCCCUACACUCUCCAGUUCUACCACCCAUCAACUUCCAAGAGGCUGAGGCCCCUAGCAGAGGUGGAAGGGCAUCCUCCCAGACCCUCAUCCUCCACCCAUCCAUCAACCUGCAGGAGCCUGGAGCAGAAGGAGUGACCAACCAUGUGAACACCGAGUCCUGGGUUGAGCAAGCAGGGUCUGGCCACUUCUGGCAGUGGCACCUCUGACAGGGUCAUGCUAGGUAACUCUGAGGCCUCAGCUCACUCUGCCAAGUCAGGUACUCUGAUCCUAAGUCUUGGGAAACUAUCAAGGGGCUGAGCAGCUCACCCACUGCUGCAAAGAUAGGUCCUGGGUCAGGGGCUACCAUUAUCACUCAGGAAGGCAGUGCUGUCUGAAUGCAAUCAGAGAAGCACCCACUUAGAAUGGGACUUAGCCUUCCUGGGCACUGUCAGCUGAGAGUAACCAAGACAAACACAUGCUCCCACCCACUUAAGUCAAGGCCAAUAUGGCCAACCAGAGGUGUCUGAGUCCACCAGGGGCACUGGCUGGACCUCUAUCUCUAACCUUGGACAACUGGACAUUAUUUUGAGUUCCUUAGGGUUUAUAGAGGGUCCCUGCACAGCCACAGAAUGGAGGGACAGGCAGCUCAGUUGGGGGAAGAGAGCAGGGGUCUGCCUGAAGGGCAAGAGCCUGCUAGAAGCUCUGAGUCCCCACAGAUCCACUUGGACUGACAAGAACGCUUUGGGUGAAUGUAGCUACUGCAUCCAGGACUUUAAAGAGGACAUCCCCACAGCCUCAGAAAACUUCACAAAACUGGAGGGUUCCAGCCAGGCUAUGGUGGCCUGUCUUGAGUUCCUGAGAUUAAAUGAUUGC